GUACAGGAAAGUGCAGAUAAUGUUAAUGCAGAUUCUGGUGUGCCUUCGAAAGAUGCUUUACUUGAGGAGGCUUGCAAAAAGUAUGAUGAAGCUACACGACUAUGUCCUACUCUGCAUGAUGCAUAUUAUAAUUGGGCAAUUGCUAUCUCUGAUCGUGCUAAAUUGCGUGGUCGAACAAAGGAAGCUGAAGAAUUCUGGAGACAGGCAACAAAAAAUUAUGAAAAGGCUGUCCAGCUAAAUUGGAAUAGUCCUCAGGCCCUUAACAACUGGGGUCUUGCUCUUCAGGAGCUUAGUGCUAUUGUUCCUGUAAGGGAAAAGCCAGCUAUUGUUCAUUCAGCUAUAAGUAAGUUCCGUGCUUCUAUCCGACUGCAGUUUGAUUUUCAUCGAGCAAUAUAUAACCUAGGGACUGUUUUGUAUGGAUUAGCAGAAGACACACUGAGACUUGACAGGCAAAUCAAUGCAAAAGAAAUCUCUCCUAGUGAACUCUACAGUCUAUGUGCUAUUUAUAUUGCAGCUGCUCAUGCUUUAAAGCCAAGCUACUCGGUUUAUCGUGGUGCCUUGAGAUUAGUUCGUACGAUGCUACCUUUACCUUACCUUAAAGUAGGAUACUUGAAAGCACCACCUACUAAGAACCCAAUUGCACCUCACGCAGAUUGGGAGAGGUCACAAUUCGUUCUGAACCACGAAGGACUUCAGCAGGUCACUAAAGGGGACAAGCAGUUAUCAGAGAGCCCUUUUGGAAGGUUUCAGGGAUCUCCACAUGCAGAUAAAUUAAUUAAAGUUGACAUUCCAGAUAUUGUCUCUGUAUCGGCAUGUGCAGACCUAACCCUUCCACCUGGUGCAGGCCUUUGUAUAGAUACAAUUCAUGGACCGGAGUACCUGGUUGCUGACACAUGGGAAUCUCUGGAUGGAUGGCUAGAUGCUAUCCGGCUUGUUUAUACCAUCUUUGCAAGAGGAGUACUGACUGACUUGGCAUCUUUCAUGUUCAAUCUAUCAAGUAACCGUUCAACAUAUUCUCCUAUUUCAAUGUCUCCACGCCGAUCUCGACCUCGUAGGAGUCGUUCUCAUUAG